GUUAAUUAUCAUCACUUUAUUAGUCUCGGGAUUAAGCAACAUAUUCCGAUGGACCACGCCUUCCCGAUGCAUUAGAUCAGUAGGGUGACGCCAAGGGUAUGUCAUUUUUGGUUGAUGAAAGGCAGAUUAAGGACGGGCAGGUUGAAGAAGGGCAGGUUGAGGACGGGCAGGUUGAGUGAGCUUGAGAAAGCCGCGCGUGCAGCACGCUCGUUCACAGCUUGUACAAAACGUACGAUUCGACAGCUACAUUCCACGACACUUGAAUAAAGCAGAAGUCUGAAAACUAGAAGAUAAAUGAUGAGGCGAGUAAUAUUAGAAGUAAAGCUGAACUUUCUGUACUCUCCCCUCUCUCUUCAUCUGAAGCCGACUCGUACGAUCUCUUGCGAGCGGUAUGUAUAUAUGCCAGGUCAAAAUCGAUGGCCAUUACCCCCUUAACUUCCUCGUUCCAGACAAGAUUUGUAUCUCGCACGUCGCCGUUACAAAUACCGGCAGAAUUCAGCUUUCCAACCGUCCUAUCAACCUCAUCAUCUAUAUCUAUGCCAUCUGGGACUGAAGCGGGUACGAGACGACAAGGUCAAUAUUACCAAGGUGGACAGGUAUAAAGACGCCCUGUAGAUUCUUGCAAUGGGAAUAGAUACAGGCUUCUCUUACGAGCGCGUCUGCAUACACAGCCUGAACUCCCUUCGCAACCAAGGUGUACCCAUACUCCGGUAUGGUGAUCUUGAAUAAAACACCCGUGUGGCUGAACAUACCAUACUUGUCCAGACAUUCACAGCCGCAAUCGAGAUUCUCAGCGAUCUGGGACCGGAAGAGAGAGCAUAGUUGAAUAUUAGAGAUGGGGUGGUACAACCCACACCCUCGUCGAACAUGGAGAGGUGUGUUGGGGCAAUUUGGGUCGAGAGUGCCAUUGCGGCUGAGCCCGAGCAGACAGGCCUGGGUACAAUAGGGUAGAGCACGCAGGGAGGUGCGAGUGCUUUGUUGUUGGCUGCUAGUCUGUGACCCGCCGUCCUUGGAUGCGGAGUGCGGCCCGUUGCCCUUGGGCGGCGACCAUUCUCUGGUAGGGAUAUUGCUAACAUUCAUAGUCGGAGUGACAGCUUGGGGGCUCUCUGGCGAGGGUUGGUCGGUCCAAGAGUGUGAUAAUCAGUAUGAGAUGCUUGCAGAGACGACCCGACAUAUCAUACUCUCAUGCGCCACCGGCAGCCACUAUAGCUCCUCGGGAAUUAACAAAGCUGUUUGUUCUUCAUUUGGAGAAGAUAAGCUCUUACUUGGCAAUGCAACAAGUACUAAAAUCGCAAUUACGGCUACAACCACAGAUAAAUCCUCUACUGUGAUCUUUUCAAAUUAUAACGGUCCUCAAAGACCCGUGGGCUGCGGUGCGUGGAAUAUUCCCUCUUAUACCUCUAGGAUGCUGAUUGAAAAAGGCUAUAUGACCCCGAGCGGGGAAGUCGGACGAGAGAUGAAAGUCUGGGAGGCUGCCCGAGCGACUUCAGCCGCUUCUCCAUACUUUAAGCCAUAUAAGGGCUACCAUGAUGGUGGCCUUGGGGGUCAUAACAAUCCAGUCAACCUCGCUCUCUGGGAACAAGAUCUGUUAUGGGAUCGCAAAGGGAAGCAGCCAGAUUUCGUGCUCUCCCUUGGGACUGGUUCGACUAUCGAAAGUAUUGAUGGCAGCGACACGCAAGGCAAUAAAAAUGCCUCAUGGAUCUCUCAGUUGUUCUUACCACGCCUGGUAAGGUCAUUCAUGAAGCUGUUGGACGGCCAGAAGACUUGGUUAGAGCUCUUUAAUAGUGUUCCUCAAGAACACCGGUCUCGCUAUCACCGCUUCACACUCGGGUUUCACGGCCCAGAGCCAAAGCUGGACGACGUUAGCUGCAUGCAAGGCUUGAGGGAGAGAGUAGAUACUGACGCUCCGCUACUGAGGACUGAAAUUCGUCGCUGCACUGAUAACAUGCUGGCAUCACUCUUCUACCUCGAGCUUGAUUGCCUGCCGUUGUCUUCCGGAUACAACUUUCUGUGUAAAGCUCGAAUAUUGUGCCGGUGGGACCCGGGUUCUAGGGGGGUGCACGCUUUGCUAUCAAUGCACGGUCUAUUAUUUGAACAGGGGGGAAGAUCACAGUGACCGUCGCUAAGAAAUCAGACGUUGGCAGGCUUUGGAUGCGUACAUCACCAUAGACUUCUCUGAGCACUGUAUAUCUGCAAAGUCAACUUACCACGCGAUAUACCAGAUAUCAAGCACAGUCACUGAGUUGCACUCUGACACUGUUGAAGAACCCUGCAAAUUUCUUAUGUUGUAAGCAUGUCAGAAGAAUUCUAUAGUCAUACAGAGUUCAACCACCGAAUAUCCGUACAACGCACCCCAUAAACUCCCCGUCCGUGGAAAUAAUGCAUUCCUCAAUUCCAUAUAUACAAUCUCCACCCUCCCAACUCCAAUAAUCCAACAAACAUCUAUUCCCUCCUCAACGCAGCCUUCUCCCCCCCCCAUCAUCCUCACUAUCACUCUCGCUAUCCCCCCCAAUAACAUGAUGUUCCGCCUCCAACCCCCCCUGCCCCUC